CUCAACUGUGUCUACGCAGGAAAAACAAGAAGGUUCGUCAUCACACAGUCACUUCUAUCAGCACGGGACGUUGCGAUUCCCGCUCGUUAACGGGUCGGAUGCCUUGCAGUGAAGUCCUCGCCGUGUGUGCCGCCAUGAGAACCAAUGUGCCAACGUGAGCAUGCAAUCCGUCUCGACAAAGAAGUGUAGGAACAUUUUGAUCUGGGUGAUGCCAACCACGGACUGCCUUCGUGGAUUGGGUGUAACAUGAAGAGGAAACCGACAGGUGUGGGCGGUCUUAUCGAGUGUGCAUUUUCUAUAUCAUUGCAAGAUGCAAGGAAUCUUGAGACUUUUUGAUGCCCCAGCGAUUCAACUUGUCCAGCGGGAGGACACAUCUACAGCUGGGGCCUCUGAGGUGCGUACCCUGAAAGAGGCUAUUAUACACACUGUGACAUCUGAGUUGCAUGGAUGGCAAUGGCAUGUUCACCGCAAAAUGCCAUAUUCACCCAUCACUAAUGAGCUGUUUGGCCGACCUAAAAAGAUUUCGCUUCGGGAGGAACUAUGGCUCCUUACAGUCCCACUCAGUGGAGUGGAGGAAGGCAGCUCCCCACUUGCUGUACGAACACCUCACGUUCAUGGCACACGCGCCACAAUGAUUUUGUUGCUACUUUUCGGAAGCUUACGGGAUCGAGUAUUCCUGGAGAGUUUUCCGAUCGUGCUUCGAACGACUGAGUUUUUUAGGCCUAGAAAGAUGCGGAACGCAUUUCUAACUGUGGCCGUGGCAUUGGCUCUGAGAUCGACGAAUGCAGCUUUCGUGCCGUCGGGCACGAUUUCUGGGACUGAAUUCUCUCCUGAUGACCAAAUCAGCAUGGGAGACGCUGCUGGAAGCAUUGUCGGUGAUUCUGUUGUUUCCACUCCACCUCCGGCUGCGCCCGCCCUUGAGAAAAAUGCCGCUGGAAUCGCAAUGCAGUAUCUGGCAGAGGUACCUUCACCAAGACCAGCUUCGGCAGUUCAUGUUAGCCUUCGGGACGUCGAAAACAUUUGCGAACGAGAUUAUUCGCAGACUUGCCCGCUGGACUAUGAAUUAGCUGGACAUCCGUUUGGAUCCAGUUCUCUCAUCUGCGGCCCUGGUCCCGCAUACGAUGGGCCCUGCAAGGGUGACUUGCUGGACCUUUCUGAAGUCAAAUCCACCAGGGCAAAGAAAACAUGGGCGUCUCGUUGUAUGAGAGAUUGGCCAUGUGUGCAAUGUAGCCACCAGUAUUCGGCCCAGUGCCCGACGGGAUGGAGGCCUUCAGAAGGAUCGGCGAGCGCCUGCACGGCGACCGCAGAUUAUGGUGGUCCAUGCGCACGAGAGAUAGUAGACUUCGAUGCUUUUAACAUACCACUAAAGAAGGAGUGGAGCGCCCGAUGCAGGGCAUGGUGUAAGUUUUUGUGGUGGCCCACAUAAUAGACUUGUGGUGAAUUGUUCUGCAGGGCCAUGUGCUUCUCCGAAACUAGAAAGCACAGGCCCGGACGCUGAGUUUCCUCUCACGCGCACUGCUACUUUGUGGAGAGUACUGAAAGGGUACCAAUAAAUGCCUGAAUCUAUGACGUAAAACCACGAGUUUUAGCACCAGCCGCAUUUGGGUCGCCAUGUAGGCUCGAGAACGUUGCCCUUUUCGUGUACUCUAACUGGAAAUGACCAUACAUGUACCUCCUGCCCAUCCGCUUCUCCAUAACAAAGGCACUACACCAAAGCUAGAAGUUGAAAUGUUGAAUUCUUGCUCAUAUGACAUACAAACGAAUAUAUUUACACGCAUUUUCAAUGAAGGACACGCUAAUGCAUUCCACUGCAGGCAUGUCUUCGCCAAAGGACUGGACACUCUCGUCGCGACAGCACUAUUGACUGCACACAACGUUUCAGCAAGUGCAGAC